AUGAGCCUCAAUAAUGGGAAUAAGACGCCAGGCGACGUCAUCCACCCCGGGGACAGUGACGGCGAGAGCAACUACGAGCCCAAGAUUGACCACGAGCCAAUUCCGGAGCCAGCACCGCAAGGCAUGGAUAGCCAACUGUCAACACCUGGCCAGAAACGGCUACGCGAUGAGGCCGGCGACGGCAAGUCUAACAGCUUCCCGCCAGCUGCUACCAUCCAUGAGCAUGUGCUCUCGCGCGGUUCAAAGCGGCUCAAACUGAGCACAUCACCUUCAAACCGCACUCAUCAAGGCUCAGAGGAAGGCGAAGUUGAUGAGUCUGAAUCCGAAGCCAAUCCUCGCGCUGCGUUGGAGAAGGGCAAACAAUCUGUGUUUGCCAGUGCAGCGGAGGCCACGAAUCCCCCUGCUCACUCUGCGGCAGCUUCUUCCCCUUCGGCAACAAACAGGCGUUCGACAUCAGGUCACACGACCGACCAGGCCGAUGUUGACGAAUUUGAACCCUUCGCUGGAGCCAGUAUGCCUCCUGAACCCCCUACCUAUACGGUAGGUUCACUGUCACUGGGCCUGCCUGCAUUAUCUCGAAAGAAGCAGGGCUCAUGGGCCGCCAGGUUCAAGGACUGGGUUCAGGUACUUUGCAAGUAUAACCCGCAAAACGUCUCUGCAAUCACGCCUACAGUGGCGACGGACGCCUUCAUCCAUUACCUUGAUUCUCAUAGUGGCCUGCGGCAGACGAAGAAGAAGGCAGCAAGACAAGCUGCCAAAAGUUUGCUACUUGCUGGCACGACACAGACCACGAUUGAAGAAACCAAGUCUUCGACGGAUGCUAGUCCGCAACAACCGGCCGCCGAGCCACCAGCAAAGACCCAAGGCACAAACGACGGCUCACCAGAGGAGGGCGAGGUCUCUAGUAACGGCGGCCAUCUAGCGCCAACGGAAAUGAAGUACACAACACAGAAUGGCGACGCUUCCAUAGUCAGAGAAGGCGUUCCAACUGGGCCAGAGGAGCUGGAGCAACAGCGAAGAUACUUCCCCUCGGCUGCUGACCCAACCAAGAUGUGUCUUUUGUGUGGCCUCGAAGGCCAUAGGGCGGUUCAUUGCUCUCGCUCCAAAUGCAGAUUUUGCGACAGCUAUGAUCACUGGGACUUUUGCUGUCCCAGUAUCCAAGAACGAUGCGACAAGUGCCGUCAAUUGGGGCACAAGGCUGCCGCCUGUGUUGAAAAGCUGGCAAUGACAGCAGACGAGGGCCUGGCUUGCCUUUACUGCAAGUCUUCUGAGCAUCUGGAGGACAGCUGCACAGAUAUCUGGCGAUCAUUUCGCCCGGAGGAACAAACAAUACACACAGUAGUGUAUUUGCCCAGCUCGUGUGCAGUGUGUGGUGGCAAAGACCACCUUUCAGGGGAUUGCAGACACAGAAGAGGAGUUUGCUCCAACCCUACCUGGUCCUUACAAAACCGCAGCCUCUAUAUGGACUAUAGUUGUGACGCGUUGUCGAUCGAGGAUGCCGCCAACCCUGAAGGCAACAGGCAACCAUUGCGGGCUCCUGAGACCAAGAUUCGCGGCCACGCUGCACGGACAGCCAAUAUCCAUUAUUCAGAAAGUGACGACUCUGACAUAGAGUUCCUCGGCGGGAAGCCGUUGAAAGCACCGAAAGAGGGCGUCGGCCAAAUUCGAAUGUCUAGCAAUAUCCAGUUGCCACAUUCGAUGGGUAGUUACGCCGUCAACAGCUUUCAGCCACUCGCUGGCCAACCACCGCUUCCUCCGGGACCGCCGCCGUCAGGACCCUUGACAGGAGGCCAAUCUAGUAGAUAUCCCCCUCCACCUGGAGCUCGCGGGUAUCACUCCCAACCCCCAGCCCCUCCCCCUUCUCUUCCAACCAAGCCUCCUCCAUCAACGCGAGGCUAUCGCAGCGUGCCGCCACCUCCUCUUCCACCGCCAACCAAUGCGAAUAGGUCCAGAGGUGGACAUGGCAACCAAGGCGGGCGGGGCGGAAGGGGCGGCGGCGGUGGUGGUGGUGGGAGAGGGGGACGAGGCAGAGGCAGAGGCAGAGGGCGAUAG